AUGAUCGCCGUGCGCCCUCGGCCCGUCAUAGGCAUCUCGAUCGCCCUGCUCAUCCUCACCAGCUUCUACCUCCUCCACCCCAACCGCAACGCCCUGCACGUCCCCUCGAGCUUCUCCGCCCCAUUCAGCGCCUUCAGCGGCUCGCCCACCGCGCCAGACUCGUCCUCCUCGAAAUCCAGCGUCGCCGAGAAACCAUACGGCAGGGACUACCAUGGCCACUCGACUCCUACCGACAUCAACCGUGUGACCAACGACACCCUCGGCUUCGCCAAGGUCUUUGUCGUCGGCCUGCCCGAGCGCACCGACAAGAGGGAUGCCAUCUCGCUGUCGUCAGCGUUGACGGGGUUCGAUAUCGAGUGGGUUGAUGGCGUGCGCGGCGAGACUAUCCCGGACAAGGCUGUUCCAUACGGCAUUGACCGGAAAAAGUUGAUGGAGACAAAUCUGGGUAGCUGGAGGGGCCAUAUGAAUGCGAUCCGGAGAGUUGUCGAACAGAACCUCGAUUCAGCCCUCAUAAUGGAAGAUGACAUGGACUGGGACGUCCGCCUCAAACCCCAACUCGAACUCGUCGCAGCCGGCGCCCGCGCCGUCAUGUCCAACUUGCCCCAUACCUACUUCCCGACUGGCCGACCAUCCUCCUCCGCUGGGCCCAUCCCGAGCAGCCCUUACGGCGACGACUGGGACAUCCUCUGGUUGGGGCAUUGCGGGGAGCCGUUUCCGGAGGAUUUGCCCGAGAACAAGGAGCUGCCAGAAGACGACGCCGGCAAGGUGGCAAUGAUGCGGCGGUACACGAUCCUUAAUGACGCGACUGUACCCCCGCUGGACCACGUCACAGGCAUCGUGGACUUCAAGGCGCAUCCUGAGCGCACACGUUGGGUACACAUCACCGCCGCCCCGAUCUGCACCUUCGCCUACGCAGUGUCAAACCGCGGCGCGCAGAAGAUCCUGUACGACCUCAGCGUCGACCGCCUAUCAGGCCCCUUCGACAACGCCCUGGCCUGGCUGUGCCGCCGCUCCGUGGGCGGGUGGAGCAAGCUGGCCGCCCUGGCUGCCGCUGGGGACCCACAGGACCGCGAGGGCACGCUGGGCGACCGGGGGCUGGACGCCAAGUGCCUGAGCGUGACGCCGCCCGUGUUCUUCCACCACAAGGCCAAGGGGAACAUCCAUGGGGACAGCGACAUCCAGAACGUAGGCGGCGAGGGCGAGCAGGAGCAGCCGCCUGUGAUACGGGAGAAGGGUAGCACUGAGAAUGUCAUGUGGAGCGCGCGGUUGAACAUCUUGAAUAUGAUACAAGGGACGGCGAUGAAGAGCCAGUGGUGA